AUGGUGUCCAUUGCUUUGUCAUUGGCCCUCUGCCCAUCAUCGGUAUUUUGCCACGAUCAUAUCGAUGCCCCCGUCUCCACUUGGCAUGCAAGCAAGACCCAUCAGAUUGAUCCCGCCAACCUGAUCUACGCCGCGUUGACGCAGCAUCAACUGCUUUCCGCCCUGCAGAAACCACCCAAAGUAUGCUGCCUGAACUUGGGAGUACUGCGCUUGAAGCUUCCCGACACCUGCUCAAAGGACGACCGAGGAGCCUCAUUGGCGAGGUUUCCGGUCUGCACAUCGCAGCCAUCGGAGACGGUGAAGGACGAACUCAAUGCCAUCCCCGGCAAGUGGACGAGUGAAUCAGUUGUCAGAUCGCGGGUUGUCAAAAGAUGCCCCUGCCCAGAGGCACCACUUGACCAGACCUCUGCGUAUUGUUGCGAGAAGCUGACGAAGGUAACACAAACUACUUACUUUGCAAGAUCUUGCCUGGCAUAUGUUGGCACUAGUCGUCUCACGGGACACAUCAGCGCGAAACAUCUCAGCUCUUCAGAGUGGUAG